AUCCAUCAGCCAGCCUUCGCAGCUUAAACCAAGAAACAUGACUGAACAGGCCGUCGGCACUCAGGCUGUUUCAUUCGCCAAAGACUUCUUGGCUGGUGGCGUGGCAGCAGCCGUCUCUAAAACAACCGUGGCCCCCAUCGAGAGGGUCAAGCUUCUGCUCCAGGUCCAACACGCCAGUCGACAGAUCACCAAAGACCAGCAGUACAAGGGCAUCGUGGACUGCAUUGUGCGUAUACCCAAAGAGCAGGGAGUCCUCUCGUUCUGGAGAGGAAACCUCGCCAACGUCAUCAGGUACUUCCCCACCCAGGCCCUCAACUUCGCCUUUAAAGACAAGUACAAGGCUGUGUUCCUGGACGGUGUGGACAGUAGAACUCAAUUCUGGAGGUACUUUGCUGGUAACCUAGCCUCUGGAGGUGCUGCUGGCGCCACCUCCCUGUGUUUUGUGUAUCCACUAGACUUUGCCCGUACUCGUCUAGCCGCUGACGUGGGAAAGGCUGGAGCAGAAAGGGAGUUUAACGGUCUGGGGGACUGUCUGAUAAAGGUCUUUCAGUCUGACGGUCUGAAAGGUUUGUACCAGGGUUUUAACGUGUCAGUGCAGGGCAUCAUCAUCUACAGAGCCGCUUACUUCGGAAUCUACGACACGGCCAAAGGGAUGCUGCCGGACCCAAAGAACACCCCCAUACUGGUGAGUUGGAUGAUCGCACAGACGGUGACGGCCGUAGCUGGUCUGGCUUCGUACCCCCUCGACACUGUCCGCAGACGCAUGAUGAUGCAAUCUGGACGGAAAGGAGCGGACAUCAUGUACAGUGGGACCAUCGACUGCUGGAGGAAGAUCUCACGUGAUGAAGGCAUCAAGGCUUUCUUCAAAGGAGCCUUGUCUAACGUUCUCAGGGGAAUGGGCGGGGCCUUUGUACUGGUGAUAUAUGAUGAGCUCAAGAAAAUCAUCUGAGUAUGGUCAGCAUCAACAGCAUUGGCCAUCUUAGGGCUGUGCCUUUUU